GGGACCACGGAUGCGAAAAAUGGUCUAUGGCUAUGGACUGUGGGGGUGCUUCAUCUCAAAGUCUUUGGUGUCUUUGCAUUGGCGAGCAUGGCAAAGCCUGGCUGCGAGGAGAGAUGUGGAGACAUAGAAAUUCCAUACCCUUUCGGGAUGGGCCACGAGGGUUGCUUCAUGGAGGGGUUCGACAUAACCUGCAAUCGCUCCUUCAUACCACCAAAGCCCUUCAUUGGAAAGGGAAACCUCCAAGUACUCAACAUCUCGCUCGCGAAGGCUGAGGAGGUCCGAGUAAACACCACUCAGACACUUGCCUACAGUUGGACUAAUGGAAACAACAAUGGCGCCUAUGUGAAACUCAGGGGAAACGGACCUUACACUAUUUCAAAUAAGACAGUGUUCACAGCCAUCGGGUGCGAAGCUGUGGGCUACGUUAAAGACGGUGAGCUUCACAAGCGGGUGUGUGUCACUGUGUGCGAACCACAGCACCGUGGUGAACGGGUCAUGUGCUGGAAUCGGGUGCUGCCAAACAACGUUGCCCAAGCAUAAGAAGCACCUCCGUGUGUUUGCUAGUAGUUUGAAGAACCACACAUUGAGUGGGAACUACAGCUGGUGCUCGUAUGACUUCCUUGCAGAGCUUGAGAACUGC